CAGGGAUAAAAAUCGCGUUACACGGUGUAAUCAAACAGAAAAAUCAAUGCAAAGUUUUAAGGGAAACAAAUGUGACACGUUUAGAUUAUUAAAAAGCACCGUAGUAGCUGCUGCUGUUUCUGCUGCUGUUGCUGCUGCUGCUACUACUACUACUACUACUACUACUACUACUACUACUACUACUACUACUACUACUGAAAUGGAUACGAAGGCAUAAUCUUUAAGAAAGCAAAAUCCCUAUGCAUCUUAUAAUUCCCUAGUAGUGUUUCACGGAAGCUAUUCUGUGCAGUUUUUAAAGCAGAAUGAUGAAACAAAUGGAAAUAGAAAAUGAGACCCCUAUUGUCAGUAAAUAUAGUAACCAUCUAUUUCGAAUCAAUGCUUUUAAAAAAUCAAACACAUUUAUGUUCAUACACAUGAUUCACAUAUCGAUUUCAAUCGAAGCGAAUGAAAUAGAAAUAUUUUUUCGUGUAAUUCUUAUAUCCAUGAAUAGAUUUAAGGCAUUUUGAAUAAAACUGAAUAGCAGCAAACUACAUCCAUCAUUUAAUACUCCCAAUCUAAAUAACGAACUAUGGUUAGAAACUGUAGAGGACAAAAUACAGCUGUUCUCUUCACAAAAUCUGAAGCAUGUCGCUACUGAAAACCUGAUUUUUCCUUUCUAUGCUGGAGAACACAAUAAUAAGCGUCCAAACAGCAGACAUAGGUCAGUUCUGCCAACUGCAACGGCAUUCACGAAAUUCCAUCCGGAUGAUGCAAUUUUAAUCAACAAACCAGAUUGGACUGUAUAAAGAAAUCAAGAAAACAUUAGUGAAUGUCAUCAGCUAUGAUGAAAAUUGAAUAUGUGCCGUGCGCCACAACAAAUUUCAGAAAAAGUUAGACAGAAAUGUAAAAAUUCUAGACAAUUGACAUUGUCUAGAAUUUUUAAGCAGAAAAUUCAAGGACGUAAGAUUGCUACAGGGAUAAAUAUCAACUUGCUGCUGUUUAUACCAACUAUAAUUAUUGGGAUAAUUGGUGGGAUUUUAGGCGCGUUCUUUACAUUUUUCAAACUGAAGAUGGCGAGAAUGCGGAAAAGGAUAUUUUUCAAAUUGCCGAAACCAAUAAUGGCUAAAAUUAUUCACUGCAUCGAACCUAUAAUUUGCAUGGUGAUAAUAUCGACAGUGUAUAUGUAUGUACCUGACAGCUUCGGUUGCACACAUUUCACCUGUUUAACAAAAGACGGAAAUACAACUUAUGGAUGUUAUAAUGACACCAGGGCAGAUCCUGAAGCAGAACCAAAUGUGAUACGUUAUAAAUGUAACAAAGGCUCCAUGAACAAAAUUGGAACUAUUUGGUACACUAAUGGAACAUAUAAUGAAGUUGCCACCUUAUUACAUCUAGCUGGAGAAGACGCAGUGAAAAAUUUAUUUUCAAGAAAUACACAUCUUAAUUUCGGAUUUGCUUCUUUAACAUGCGUACUGUUCCUGCAUUUCUUUUUUGUUAGUUGGGCGUCAGGAACAGCUGUUGCAUGUGGCAUCCUCGUCCCAGCUGUCUUUAUCGGAGGCCUGUAUGGUAGAUUGGUCGGAAUUACCUUAGUGAAUAUAUUGAAGUCGUUUGGUAGUAAAGACCCCCAUUACUGGAAUUGGACGGAUCCUGGAGUCUUUGCCUUAAUUGGUGCAGCAUCUUUCUUUGGUGGUGUUACUCGAUUAACAAUGGCGGUUACUAUCAUCAUGAUAGAAAUUACCAACGAUGUUCAGUUCAUUAUACCAAUAAUGCUUUCAAUUUUGAUCGCCAAAUGGAUCGGUGAUUACUUUACGCACCCCAUUUACCAUGCCACCCUCGAAUUAAAGUGUAUCCCAUUCUUACGUGCAGAACCACAUCUCGUGAUAGCUUCUAAAAGGUUGAAUGCGGAACUAUAUACUGCUUUGGAUGUCAUGGCAAGUCCUGUUGUAACAGUAUAUCCGAAACAGUCAGUGUACAAAGCAGCUAAAAUAUUACUUAAUACAACGCAUAGCGGAUUUCCCGUUGCUAAAAAGAAGACGAUGCUUUCGAAAUCAAAACACUUUUACGGCUUAAUCACAAGAACAGAAUUAUAUGUCUUGCUGAUGAAAGAGGAAGUAUUUUUCACAAAAGAAGACAUUGAUAAUGAAUCUGAAACAGAAGGCAAAAGUCUUAAACAUGUAACUUAUAAUGAAAUUAGUAACGAAAAAUUGUGUAAAGCCUUUGAAGUAGAAAGAAGGUUGCAGAAGUAUGUGGAUGAUCCAAAAUACAAAGAUUUAUACAUCGACUUAUACCCAUUCAUCAAUGAUUCAGCAAUAAGUAUUCCAACAAAAUUUUCCUUGUACCGUGCUUUUCUUAUUUUUCGAACGAUGGGACUUCGGCACCUUGUCGUUGUAGAUGAAUUCAAUUGCAUACGAGGUAUCAUCACUCGAAAAGAUUUGAUGGAUUUCAAACUAUUGGAAAGUAUUUCCAAGGUGGUUUUCAAUGGAAAAAAAGAAGGAAAAGUAUUAGCAAAGCGUAUUUCUGAUGAUUCAUGGGAUAUUAAUGCUAUGUGGGACACAAGUAUCUUGGAUUCAGAGAUUGCAGAUAUGAAUGAUAUAGUUGCUUAAUUAUUGACUUAUGAAUGCAAACAAACAUCGAAAUUUAAAGAAAAUCAUAUACCUGUUUCUGUCAUUGAAAUACAAAACUUUGGCUGCAGAACAUAGUAAUUGCUGAAAAGCUUUCCUAUAUUACAGCUCUGCUAUGAAAGAAGGAACAUUUAUGUUAAUGGCGUAUGUAUCUGUGGCCACAUACAUUCAUACAGUUCUGAAAAGAAAACAGACUACCUGGGAAAAUGGUACGCAUUACACUCAAAAUUGCAGCGACAUAGCAAAAAAUGGACUAAUGAUUUUUUUGUCUAGAAGUGUUGCGUUAUAUUUUUUUUCCGCCCAAGAAUUUAGCGAUGACAACUAUCACUCACUAAACGAUUAUGUCACCUGAAAUAGUCAUAAGUGUUGCGGACUACUGAGUUCCAAGAAAAUAAACAAUAAAUUUAGGCAUAAAAUAAUAUCUCAAGAGGGCAGAAAAUAAACAAUAUCAGAAUUUGA